UUUUACGACAACUGUAACCUUGUAAUAUCCGGCAAACAUGUUGUGGUGAUGAGUAGAGCAGAGGAUGCUAAAUUAUUCGAUAGGCUAGUUUGUAAUUACUUGGAUAUUUUUAUGUGUACACCGUAUUGGCAGUAGCACAAAAUGAUGCACAGAACCUGCGCGGUGCUCUCGGGUGUGAUUAGGACAAAUACAAUGAGAGCAGUGAAUUGUUCUCAAUGUCAUAUUGGUGUGACCUGUGCUUCACUGUCCUUAGUAUCACGGAUUCCCUGUUACCAGAGCGUCCACAGUUGCUAUCGGUCUGUGCUGUCUCAACCAAUCAGUUGUCAGACAAAGUCAUACUGUAGCAAAGACUUCGAUUUUAAAAAUGAUCCAGAAAUGAAAUCACUUUUAGAUGAAAUACAACAUGACUUUAAAAGUGAGAAGUCUUGCACUGACAUCGACAAACCAGACAAGAACACCGAAACUAUUUCACAAAAUGAAGCUCAUAAGAAAGACACACCUUCAGUUGCUGGUGACUUGAAAGUUGUAGCUAUGGAUCCAGAAAUCGAAGAUGUAGAGCAAUUUGAGCGACAAGAAAUAGAACCAGCAUGGGUCUCACCGAUUGGGUUAAAACGAGGUGUUAGUGGUGUGUUUGAACUUGAUGACCUUGUGACACUUCUGGAAAAAGAGAAUGCUCGUGACAUUGUUGUUAUCAAUAUUCCACCUGAGGCACGGUUUGGAGACAAUAUGGUUAUUGUCAGUGCGGCAUCGUAUCGCCACCUCCGAAGCAUGUCAAAUCGCAUCAAGUGGGUGGUAAGUAAAAUAUACAUUCAUCAUGAUCUGCCCUUGAAAGUUGAGGGGUACGAGACAUCAUCCGACUGGCAUGCCAUGGACCUAGGGAACAUCAUUGUCCACAUAUUCAUGCCAGAGACCAGGGAACAUUAUGACCUCGAGAGUCUGUGGACCAACUGGGGUAAACCAGGUCAAGUUCACCUGGAAGAGGACCCUUACACAAUUGACCCUGAGGAGGAGUUCUGGCAAAGUCUUGAACCUCCAUCAAAACAGGAGUCACUGGAGAGUAAAGAGUGGAAAUGAAAAGUCUUUGUGUGAUUAAAUUUGUUUUCU